AUGUCUGCGUGGCGUGUAUUCCUGACCCUCGCCCUCUCUGCCAUUGGCCCUGGGCACAGGGCCGCGGCUGUAGAUCCCAUUGUCUCCCAGAAUGGCCAAGUGGUCCCUAUCCCCAGCUGGGACAUCAUCUCGUCCGCAGACGUGUCGGACAGUCUCAGCUCUCUGGCCCGGGCCGGUGUCGAUACCGGCUCCUGGCAACACGUUCCACUCUCGCGCUGCACCCUAAUGGGGUGCAUGAUCGAGGCUGGGCUGUACAAUGAGCACGACCUCUGGUUCUCAAACAACCUCGAGCACGUGGACAGAGCCCAGUUCGAUGUCCCGUGGAUUUAUCGAUCCGAGUUUGCCGUCCAGGCCACCCCCGACCGGCAUUAUGUACUGCCAACACACGGCAUCAGCUCGAGCGGUGAGAUCUGGCUGAACGGCCACCAGAUUGCAAACGAAACGCUGCAGUCCGGGUCACAUUCCGGCCACAACUACGAUAUCACUAAGGCUGUGGUGAACGGCACCAACGCCCUGGUCAUCAAGGUCAAUCCCACCAAUUACUACAGGGAUCUGGCUAUCGCCUGGGUGGAUUGGAAUCCUGCACCUCCUGACAAUGGCACGGGAGUUUGGCGCGAUGUCGAGGUUCAUCAGACGGGUCCCUUGAGGUUCUCAAACGCCUUAAGCGCCCAAGUCAGCAUUGACCCCGGAGCUGUGUCCCUGCGAGUCCAGGUCCAGAAUCUCAAAGCUUGCUCACCUGUCGAGGCUGUCGCCAAAGCUGUAAUCACGGCGCCCGAUGGUGGUGAAGAAUUCGUGUUGGAGAAGAAGCUGUCCCUAGAGAAAAAGUCAUCACAGAUCCUCGAGUUCAACCAGACAUUCGAGAAUCCUCAGAUCUGGUGGCCGAAGCAAUGGGGCGAGCAACCAUUGUACACCGCCAAGAUCACCAUCUCAGUAGAUAAUGUCACAUCCGACGUAACCGAACAUACCUUUGGGUUGCGCACCGUGACCAAGGAGAUCAACGCUGAUGACGACAUUGUCUUCUACGUCAACGGUCAGCCAUUCCAGGUAUUCGGGGGAGGAUUCGGGAGUGACAUGUUCCUGCGAUGGAACGGCGAGCGAUUCGAGUCGAUUGUCAAGUACAUGCUUGACGUAGGCUACAACACCCUCCGUCUUGAAGGAAAGAAUGAGCAGCCUGAGUUGUAUGAAAUUGCGGACCGCUAUGGCUUGAUGAUAAUGGCCGGCUGGGAAUGCUGCGACAAGUGGGAGGCCUUUGAAUACAACACAGAUCUACCAGUUGACCCAGUGCCGGUCUGGAAUGGGUCUGACUAUGACUGGGCCGGUUACUCUAUGCUCCACGAGGCACAAAUGAUGCAAAGCCAUCCCAGUUUGCUUGCUUAUCUCGUAGGGAGCGACUACUGGCCUGAUGAUAAGGCAACCAAGAUCUAUGUUGAUGCUCUUCAGCAGGCCAACUGGCAAGUCCCUAUUGUAGCUGCCGCCAGUAAGCGAGGCUAUCCUGAUCUACUUGGACCUACUGGUAUGAAGAUGGAGGGUCCUUAUGAUUGGAUUCCUCCCAAUUACUGGUACGAUACUGAGCCAUCGAAAGAGCGAUAUGGUUCCGCCUUCGGGUUUGGUAGCGAGCUUGGUGCUGGCGUUGGCACUCCAGAACUGGGCAGCCUGAAGAAUUUCCUCACGGAAAGCGAUAUGGAUGACCUGUGGAAAAAUCCCGAAAAGGGCCUGUACCACAUGUCGACCAGCCGUUCGUCCUUCUACACCCGUACCAUCUACAACGAAGGACUAUACAAGCGCUACGGCAGCCCUACCUCUCUCGAUGAUUAUCUCCUGAAAGCCCAAGUCUCAGAUUACGAAUCCACCCGGGCCCAACACGAAGGCUUCGCCGCUCACUGGAGCACCGGCCGUGUCGCCACUGGCAUGAUUUACUGGAUGCUGGACAAUGCUUGGCCAAGUCUUCACUGGAAUAUAUUUGACCGGUAUCUUCAUCCUGCAGGCAGCUACUUUGGGGCCAAGGUCGGCACCCGGCCAGAGCAUGUAGCAUAUGACUAUGUGAACAAGGAUAUUUGGUUGAUCAACAGAUCUCUUGAUAAGUCUGGUUCCCGCACUAUUGACGUCGACGUUAUCGAUCUCAAGGGCAAGGAAGUUUCUAAGUCCACGCUCGAUGCAGCUACUACGCCUAACAAGGCAGUGCGAGUCGGGGAGGUAUCAGGUCUAGACAAGAUAGACAACGCUGUCUUCUUGCGCCUUAAUCUUCGUAAUGAUGACGGAGAUGUCUUGAGCCGCAAUGUCUACUGGCUGUCUAAGGCGAUCGACGCUCUGGCUUGGGAGAACUCAACUUGGUAUCAUACUCCUGUGAGCAGCUUCGCAGACUACACCGCCUUGUUUAAGCUCGACACAGCCACCGUCAAGGCAAACUCCGCUGCGUUGGAAAGUUCUGAAGGAGCCUUUACCGUAACCCUCGAAAACGAGUCAGAUGUGCCUGCAUUCUUCAUCCGCUUGACCCUGGUAGACCAAGAAGGAGUAGAUGUAAACCCGGUAACGUGGUCAGACAACUAUGUUACUUUGUGGCCCAAGGAGAAGCUUGAGCUCACCGUGCACGGAUGGGAUGGCAGCGGCAAAACGGUUCAGAUUAGCGGUGGAAACAUCGAGGAUCAGGACGUGGACCUAUAA